AUGGGCCUCAAAGUAGUCCCAGCCACCGAGGCCGACGCCAAGCGCGCCGUCGAGAUCGAAGACGCCGCCUACGGGACAUCCCCCAUGAGCCGCGCCCUCUUCCCGGGGCCCUUCCCCCCGUCCACCGAUGGCAGCCACCCGCGCGCGUCCAAGCUCGUCGACAUACUCCGCGCGGACCCGGCGAACCGCUGGGUCAAGGUCGUGGACACCGAUCUGCCCGAGGGGGAGGACAUGAUCGCCUUCGCGAGCUGGUUCUUCUGGACGGAACCCCACGUCCAUGAGCCUGAGACCUGGCCGCCCGGCACCAAUCCCGAGGCUUGCGAGCGGUUCUUUGGUGGGAUGAUUGCGAAGCGGAACGAGAGGUUCACUGGGAAGCCCUAUUCUUACCUGAAGCUGCUGCACACAGACCCGAACCACCAACGCCGGGGUGCCGGCUCCAUGCUUAUCAAUUGGGGCUUGGAAGAGUCCAGUCGCCUUGGAAUCGAUUCCUACCUCGAGUCUUCCAUAGCCGGGCAGAGCCUCUACGCCAAGUGCGGCUUCGAGGUCGUUGAUACUCUCGUGGUGGACCUAUCACCCUGGGGCGGCCCAGCCGAUGUCACUUCUCCUUUGAUGCUGCGGCCG